AUGGACCUGGUCCUCAUGCAGGAGCUGACCCGCGCCGAGAACCAGAACGAUGUGUCUGCGCUGCAGCGGGCCUAUGACCUGAUCAAGUCGUCCAACAUGGGCAAGUCGGAGCUGGACCCCGCCGAGAGCUUCAGUCCUGACCUGCUGGUCCUGUGUGCAGAGCGGGCUCUGAAGAUGGGGCAGCCGGAGCUGGCCGAGGACUGUAUCCGGAUGUACUUCAAGGUCAAGAGUCCCGUCACCCAGUUCCUGGGCCGAGCCCACCUGUGCCGGGCCCAGCUGAGCGCCCCCAAGUCCACGGAGAACCUGGAGGAGUUUGAGAACUGUGUCACCGAGUACAUGAAGGUCGUCAGCUUUGCCAAAGCCGAGCCCAGGUACUACUUCCUGGUGUACAACGCCUCGGUCCUCUACUGGCAGAUGGUCAGGCCCUUCCUCAAGCCGGGCUACCACCACCACGUCAUCCCCAGCCUGUCCCACAUCGUCAGCGUGUUGAACCAGACGGAGGAGGACACCGAGUGGCGGGCGGAGCUGAUGCUGGCACUUCUUGAGUGUUAUCUACAGGCUGGGAAGAUGGAGGAGGCCUCAAAAUUUUGUUCCAUCACAGCACCGUUCAUAAAAGAUUACGUGCCACAGAGAUAUCGACAAAUAUUUGCUCUUAUGGUGCAGCAUGAACUAAUGGAUGAACAUCAGUUAAAAGAGGAGACAAAAGACUCCAUCAGUCUGUUUGUCACUUUCCACCUUAAUCAGAUAAGAGCAAAGUUGGAGAAAGGUGAAGUACCUGAAGAUUUCAUGGAAACUCUGGAGCAGAGUCACAAGCAGCUGGAUCUGUAUAAUCACGAGACCUUCCCUUCAGUCAAAGAAGAGAAGACGCUCCUGCUCUUUGAAUUGGCUCAUCUUGCUCUGGUCUUGAAAUGCCAGAAAAUCGUCUCCAACUGCUUGUCAGACCUAAGGAUGAUUUCCGGCACAGACCCGGGGAAGCUCAUUGAGAUCGAGUGCCUGGAGGGUGAGCUUGAAGCCCUGAGCCUGGAGAGUGAGAUGAUGUCCUACAUGCGCUCGGCUGUGGAGGCCCAGCUGAGCAUCACCAGGCAGCUGGACGUGGCCCUGAAGCAGGCGCUGCGCCUGGGCGACCCGCGGGUCAUCCACGUGGUGUGCGCCACGCAGUGGAACCUGUGUCUGCCCCUCCUGCAGCACAGCCUCCGCACCCGCCUGCGCGGGCCGCUCAGCACCAUCGCACACGUGCUGGAGAGGAUGGACAGCCUCAUGCUGCAGCUGCGCUGCCAAGUGCACAUGGAGCUGGCGCACAUCGAGGAGGACGAGGACCGCCUGGAGCUCGCCAUGGAGCACCUGAGGAAGGCCCUGCGGCUCGACAGCCUGGGCCUCUACCAGGAGCAGCUGCAGCUCUCCCUCAGGCAGCUGCACCUCUGCACCACGCUCUACCAGACCCCCGAGCGCGCCGAGGACAGGGCCAUCCUGGCCAUCGAGCAGGCCAAGAAAGCCACCCCCAAGGACAGCGUGCGCAAGAAGCGGGCACUCCUGGUGAACGCCGGCCUGGCCCUCGCCCCCGACACCUUCCAGAUCGUGCUGGACAGUGAGAACGAGGCCAAAGUCUCCACCGGGAAGCACCGAGGCCGCUUCACCCACCUCUUCGCCAAGGCGCGGCACCACAUCAUCUGCGUGGAAAAGGCCGCGGGGCACCUGAGGCGCCUGGGAAACAAGAACAACCAGGAGAGGAUCUGGAUCUGGACGGAGCUGGUGAAGGUGGCCCGGAAGCAGGGCGUGUGGGACGUGUGCCGGACGGCGUGCCACUUCUGUCUGCUCUACGACAGCAUCAAGGCGAAGAAGCUUGAGGCUCCUGCAGGGAGGAAGAGGCGAGGCCAGGAGGACCCCCUGCUGGAGGCGCAGACUCAGUCGGACCUGAUCGUGCUGUCCCCCGAGCUGAAGCGGAAGUUCGCGGAGGUGGGCUUCAUCUGCGGCGAGGCCACCAUCCAGCUGCUCCAGGCGGAGGGGGUGAAGCUGAACGACAGCCCCCAGCCCCCUGCGGACCUGAGCCAGCACGCGGCCGGCUUCGUGCUGGAGUCCCCGGAGGACAAUGAGGAGUGGCUUCUGUACAGCACGUGGAUCACGAACCUGUCCCAGCUGGCCAUGAGCAGCUGGCUGCGGGCAGCCGAGAUUGGCCGCGAGCUGCAGGAGCCGUGGAUCGUGCAGAACGCCACGGCGUACGUGCUGAACCACAACUACCACCUCCUCGUGGCCGGGCGGCAGAGGGAGCUGGUGGGCGCCUUGCACCAGCUCCUGGGCAUCAUCAAGUCCGUGGGCCGCUGCGGAGACCCCUUGAUCGAGGCCUCCGUGUGCAACAACCUCGCCCGAGGCCUGAUUCUCAGCUGGAUCCCGGCCCACCCCCCGGAAAGGUCUAGAAAGCCUGUACGCUCGAAUCUCCAGCACGUGCCCCUGGACGCUAACGCUGCCUCCGAGAUCGGGACUGCAGUGGAGGUCUGCGAGCUGGCCCUGAGCCUGUCUGGGGGGGCAGUGCCCGGGGAGGACAUCCCUGUCCAGGUGCGCCAGCAGCUCAUCGCCACUUGGGUGAAGGCCAAACAGCUGCUGCAGCAGCAGAUCGGGCCGAGGCUGGGCCCCGAGGAGGGCACCAGCGAGAAGGUGAGCACUGUGAGCAGGGUCCUCGUGGCUCUGGAGAUGUUCUCCUGCAACGGGCUGGGCCUCAUGGACUUCACCGUGCCCCCACUGGCCCAGGCAGUGUCCAUGGCGUCCGAGUGCAACUGGACAGACCCCGUGGUGGAGCUGCAGGCCUACAUGAGGCUGGCCCACUUCGCCUACGCGGCCCGCAGUCACGAGCUCACCGUGUCCUGCGCCCAGAGGGCCGUCCAGAUGGCCAUCACGCUCCUGAGGGUGACCAACCCGGCCGAGGUCCCGCUGCUGGCCGAGAUGCUGAGCAGCACCUGCUACGUCCAGGGCCGCAGCGUCAUAGAGAACAUGAAGGGCCAGAAGAGGCUGCGGCACGUGGCGGCCAGGGCCUUCCUGGAGGGCGUGAGGUUCGCCGGCAUUGCAGAGAGCAGCGCCCUGGUGCUGCUGGGCGCGCGGCUCUUCUGGAACUCGUGGCUCCCCAUGCUGGACUCGGCGGCCAGCAGGAAGAUGUGCCGAAGUGGCCUGCAAAAGGUCAUCAACAUCAUCAACAGGACGGAGGCCAAGAAACCGAAAAAGCGAAAGAUAUUGCUUCUGCAUCAGUGGCCGACAGCAGACUUCCAAAGUGGAGGGAGCAGUGACGGCUACUUCCUCCCAGGUGCCGAGGAAGAUCUGACGCUGCGGGCUGCGCUCUACGGCCUCCUGUUCCACAGCUACGCUGACAACGAGGACUGGGCAGGCGGCCUCAAGGUGCUGGGCGAGGCCGCCCAGGUGCUGCCGCGGACCCCGCACCGGCUCCUGAUCUUCAAGCACAUGAUCAUUGUCAAGGCCAAGCUGGGCCAGAACUUCCUGAUGGAGAUUCAGAAGUUCAAGGACGAGAGUGAGGACUACGUGGCGCACAUGUGGUACCGCCUGGCCUUGAACUCCAAGAACAUCCACGGCCAGAUGAUGUGCUACCAGAAUGCCAUCCAGGCCUUGCAGAGGCCGGAGAGCAGAUGGCAGAAGGUAGACUACAUCCUGGAGUUCAGCAAGUGGCUGUACUACAGACAGUUCCCGCUGGACAACGUGGUCUUCCUGCUCAAGUGGGCCAUCAGCAUCCUGCUGCGGAUGGGGCCCACCCGGGAGGUGCCCGAGCAGGCAGGGCCUGGCUCACGGCCCGGUGGCCCCCGUGUCACAGAGGAGCCCCCGGAGAAGGCCGAGAGCCAGACGCCGAGCCCGAGCUGCUGGGAGAGGCUGAGCAGCGUGCGGCAGCUGGAGGCGCUGGCCCGGGCCCACACGCUGCUGGCGCUGGUGGCCACGGCCGCCUCGCCUCACCACGAGGACCACUGCCUGCUGGCCUGCGCCUUCUUCCAGCACAUCUGGAAGGUUUCCUUGCGAGCGGUCCAACAAACCAUUUCUGAGCAGAAAACCAGAGCGGUGGGCAGCACUCACGCGGCAGUGAGCUCUCAGUCGCUCUCGAACAAGAGAGAGCGGGACAAGAGGAAGGAGAGGGAGAGAGGGAAGGAGGAGAAGACCAAGGAGCAGAGCAAGGAGCUGAAGCCGAGCCAGUCCCUGACUCCCGCCAAGCAUCUGGAGGAUCUCCCGGCCAGCACCACCGAGUGGGCGUCCUACUCCUGCCCCGUGGAGGUGGUGUCCGUGCUCCAGAUGGACAGGAGCGACUUCACUGUCAAUGCCGUCAGCAUCCCGAAGCCCACGUACACGCUGUACUACGUGGACCAGCUGGUGAAGGCGCUGCAGAAACUGUCUCUGCACCAGCUCACCGUCCCCCUCCUGCAGCUCGGGGUGCUGAUCGCCGACUCGGUUCUGGAGAACCAGAGCAUCAGGGAUCUCUACCACCUCCGACUCGCCCUGGUCUGCACGGAGCUGGGGCUGAAGGAGGCUGCGGCUCAGCACGAGGACGUGGUCGGCCAGGUGUACAUCACCGAGGCAGAGCAGGCUAGCUGUAGGAAGGAGAUGGCGCUGCGGAAGGAGAAGAGCAAGGACGCCCUGAUGGACAGCGACGCCCAGCCCCUGCCCCCGGCCCCCCGCCAGCAGGAGCUCCCCAAGCCCCUGGUGGCCAUGGACAAGAUUCUGAAGAUGAAGGAAGAGAACAGGAAGGCCCUGGAGGGCACGUCCUUCCCGCACCUGUGGACCCUCAAGGCGGAGGUCCUGCUGGAGAUGGAGCUCUACCAGCCGGCCAGGCUGCUCCUGUCCGAGGCCUACCUGGCGUUCCAGGAGCUGGGGGACCCCUUGGCCCAGUCCCGGUGCCUGUGUCUGCUGGCGCAGCUGGCGAACAGGGAGCGAGACUUCAGGGGCGCCAGGCGGAUGGUGGAGGAGGCCCAGCAGCUGGGGGGCGGCGAGGAGUUCUGGCUCUGCUCCACGCUGACCCUGGUCGAUGCCAUCCUGGCCAUGGGCCCGGGACGCCAGAGCAUGGAGGUCCCCUGGCUGCUGCAGAGACUCAUCGACGCCUUCACGGAGCUCAAGAAGGAGCGUCCCAAUCGCACCUCUGUCCUGGAGCGCAUGAUCACAGAGCUCGAGUCCAGGUUUCUGAGCAUGCAGGUGCGGAGCGCCCGGGAGCAGCCGGGGCUGUGCAUGCAGCUGCUGUGCCGGCUGGACGAGUCGCUGCUGGACCUGGGGAAGAGGCUGCUCAGGUGUGGCUGCGGCGAGAAGUGUGUGGACGUCAUGCUGGAGCGCGUGGAGAUCAAGAAGCUGUGCGCCCAGCGGGAGGAGGGCGAGGAGGCGAGGGCCGCGAAUUACCUGGAGGCCUAUGGCUUGGCGUCCGGCGCCGUGGCCAGAGGGGAGGCACGUUACCACACCAUCCGCUUCCUGCUGGCCCAGCACGAGGUGCAGACCCCCAGCAGCCCCGUGGCGUGGAGCCUGGUGCACCUCAAGCUCGGCCUCGUGGGGCUGUCCCUGGAGCUGCUGCAGCUGCUCUGGCAGGAGGAGCGAGUGCGGCAGGCAGAGCAGAGCAGCAUGGGCGAGGUGCUGGCCGCGUACCUGCGCAGCAUCCGGGAGCUCAGCGCCAGCACCGUGAGGUGGCUGGCCCUGGGGCGGACCCUGGCGCACUCGACGCUGGCACAGCUGGGCAGCCUGCAGCCCCUGGUGGCCCACUGCCCCCCGCUGCGCGCCCGCUACCUGGGCCUGGCGGGGAAGGCCCUGCGCCUGCUGGCCGAGCAGGCUGCCCCCCUGCACCCCGCCUUCCGCUGGGGGGACGGGCUCUCGGCCGCCGAGCCGAGCAUCCUGCAGGGCCUGCGGCGGGACUGGGAGACCAAGGGGAACACGCCCCCCGGGGCCAGCCUGCCCACCCCCAGGGAGGCGCCAUCCGAGCUGCUCAUCCAGAAGAGCUGGGAACUGAAGAGGCGGCUGCUCCAGGCCCAGCAGCUCCUGGCGCAGGCGUCCGAGGUGCUGCUGCAGGGCCUGCACUUGGCCCUGGGGCAGUGCCUGCUGGACGUGGCGGCGGCCGCCAGCCUGCAGAUGGUGGAGUGUGUGGGCACCCUGGACCCCUUCGCCGCCUGCCAGUUCCUGGCGUUGUCUCAGAGCUGCUCGGCCUCAGGCACGAUGCGGGAGGUGCUGCUCACGGCCACGGCCGACACGGGCAGCUCACAGCUGGCCGCGCUGCUGCACCUGGAGCAGAGGCUGCGGCACCUGGGCCGGACGUCCACCAGGCUCUUCGCCAGCGUGGAGCGGCGGCUGGACACCAGCUUCAAGGCGUGGCAGAACCUGGGCGUCACGGAGCAGCACUUCAGCCUCCUCGGCGACCUCUCGCCCGCCUACCGCCUCCUGCUCCUGCACCACGGGCCGGACAGGGCCCAUCUGUACGGGGCGGCCUUCGAGCGGGCCCAGGUCACCCCCACGGCCCGAGGGAAGCCGAUGCAGAUGGGGGGUGCGUGCAGGGUGGCCCGGGGGGCCGUGAGCCCCGAAGCCUUCUCUGCCCUGCUGGCCAGCGCCCGGCAGCUUCAGGAGCAGAGCCAGGUAGCCGGGGCGGGGCGCAGGCCGGCCCUUGCACUGCAGGUGAAGAGAGAGGGCUGCCUGCAGCUCACGGACCUGCUGCGGCCCAUGGAGCAGUACCUGGCCCCCCUGAGCCCGCUGCUGACCUGGGCUCUGGACAGCAGGACACAGAACCCCCCGGCGGUGCCAGACGUGGGGAAGGCCAAAGGCAGAGAUAAGGACCGGAGACCGUCCACCAGCCAGGUCCAGCCCGAGCCUGCGGACAGUAUCAUCAUCAUCGCAGACCAGCCGCUGCUCGAGCUGCCUCUGGAGGGGCUCUCGGUGCUCGCUGAGUCGCCUGCCACGUCCCUGUCCCGGGACUUCUCCCUGCAGAUGCUGAGUGAGCGACUCCGCAAGGCCGAGACAGACGGCAGCGCGAGGCUGGAGACCAGAGCAGCCCUGAGGAAGCCGGGGCCGGCCAAGAAGGGCAAGAAGGCGGCCACCCGCACCCUGCCUCCCGACUGUGCCGUCGUGGACACGGACGGCAUCAAGUACAUUGUGGACCCCAGUGAGGGGGACAAGGGCUUAGAGCCGCUGUGCCCCGUGUCUGUGGCCCGGGAGAUCCUGGACAGGUUCCAGGAGUCGCUCACCACUCACUGGACAGGUCACCUGGGCAGAGCGUCUUUCCCAAGCCAGGCCGACUGGGAGCACGUCCUGGGCAGCUGCAGCGGCUUCUUCUUCUACGGGAUGGGCCCCUUCCUGUCCCACCUGCGGGCCGAGAGGCUGGCCGCCACGAGCCUGGAAGACUGCCGGCUGAUGGUGCUGCUGGACCUGACCAGCUCCCACAGAACCCUGCGCAGACACGGGCAGCUCGAAGAGCGCGGCAGCCUGUCCUCGCAGCGGGCCCUGGAGAAGCCCGUGGAGACGGCCGUCCUGCUCAGCCUCGCGGGGGCGCACAGCGUGCUCAGCAACCAGUGGCCCACGGAGCAGCCCGCCAACGUGCUGCGGGCAGGGAUGCUCUGGGAGAAUCUGCUGCUGUCCGCCAGGCCCAUUGGGCGAGCCCUGCGGGCCCUUCAGAAGAUGGAAGCGGAGGACUUGACGAAGCCAGAGGAGCUGCCGCCGGUGCUGAGAGAGAGGCUGUCGCUGCUGCGGGAGCAGCUCCCGGGCGCCCACUGGCCGGCCGUCACCCUCAACGCGGUCCUGUACGGGCUGCCACGCCAGGUCAUCGGCUGAAGGCGCCAGCGCCC